AUGUUCAAUGGGGAUGCCAGCUCCUCGGCGGCCAGGAAUGUCAUCCGCAGCUCCAGCAUCAGCGGCGAGAUGUUCAGCGCGGAGCAGAGCGCGCGGGGCGGCCCCGACGCCGGCACCCUCAGCAAGAAGCGCCGCUCCAGCCUGGGCGCCAAGAUGGUGGCCAUCGUGGGGCUGUCCCAGUGGAGCAAGAGCACCCUGCAGCUCAACCAGACUGAGGGUGGCCCCAAAAAGCUGCGCAGCAACAUCCGGAGGAGCACGGAGACCGGCAUCGCGGUGGAGAUGAGGACCCGGGUCACCCGGCAGAGCAGCCGCGAAUCCACCGACGGCAGCACCAACAGCAACAGCUCCGAGGGCACGUUCAUCUUCCCCACCACCCGGCUGGGCGCCGAGAGCCAGUUCAGCGACUUCCUCGACGGGCUGGGGCCGGGCCAGCUGGUGGGACGGCAGACACUGGCCACCCCCCCGAUGGGUGAUGUACAUGUUGGCAUGGCCGACCGGAACGGGCAGCUGGAGGUGGAGGUGAUCCAGGCGAGGGGACUUAUCCCCAAGAUGGGCUCCAAGUGCAUCCCUGCCACCUACGUGAAAGUUUACCUGCUGGAGAACGGUGUCUGCCUGGCCAAGAAGAAGACCAAGGUGGUGAAGAAAACCUGUGACCCGUCAUACCAGCAGCCUCUGCUCUUCGAGGAGGCCCCUCAGGGCAAAGUCCUGCAGGUGAUUGUCUGGGGAGAUUAUGGGCGGAUGGACCACAAGUGCUUCAUGGGGAUGGCCCAGAUCAUCUUGGAGGAGCUGGAUCUCUCCAGCACGGUCACGGGCUGGUACAAACUCUUCCCCACCUCCUCGUUGGCCGACUCCAGCAUCGGACCUUUGACACGGCGCCUCUCCCAGUCCUCCCUGGAGAGCUCCACCAGCCCCUCCUGCCCGUAGGCGCCAGGUUGGUGUGAGAGGCUGGGAGUGGAAAGGAGACAUCCUGCCCUAACCAAAACUGUUAGUGGAUAGCUGUAAAUAUCCUGUUCUUUUGGGUUGGGUUUUUUUUUGGGUUUUGGGUUUUUUUUACCCCUUUUUAUUUUGUUUUUAAACCUCCUUCCCAGAACAACCCUGCGCCCUCCCCGUGUCCCGGCAGCAGAGGGGCAGUGAGGGCUGGGGGUUUUGAGGCAGGGGGAAGGAGAAGCAAAGAAAACCCACCACACCCCCCCCCAGCGAGGGCUGCGACUGCCGACCGAUCCCGAGGCUGUUCCCACCUCAUCCC